UCACAUUGGGAAAGUCCAAGAGCUUGUGUGGCGGCCACCAUCCAUCCCCUGGACGAAUGUCACUCCACAAAUGCACGCACACCACGCCGUCCAUAUUCUCCCCUUUUGCCCGCCUGCAUCAGUCAUUCCAUCGCUCCCGGUUUCGGCCGUCAUCCACGGGGGGUUCAGAUAGAGACCUGCCGGAUGCCCACCGCUAGGCAGUUUCGUAAUGAACACAUCAUUUUCUUUUGGCAUUACCAUUCUACUAUACCACAAUCACCAGAGACGGAUAGCAGCACAUGCUGGCUGGCCCCUUCGCUCGGAUUAGCCCAACUUGUCUCUGUCUGAGUCAACAGCUGGACGGUCCCCAGGUUGCGUUGCCUCAUGGUCUCCUUUCCCCAGACUGCCCAGAGGGGGAUGAUGAACUGCAGGCGAAGUUUGCUUGCCUGACCACAUCCGUCAGGAAACACGAUGUGAUGACCACAUCGCCUGUCAAGCGUUCCCUAACUAGGAUUGGACGAUUGGCAAGUAUACAUGUGCCGAUUUCCGUUUCUCCUCCGUCGUCCAUUUGCCUGCCUGUCCUGCACCACCGCCCCCGGCUGUCUGUAGCCUGCCUGCCUUCCUACGUGUGCCGUCCCGUGUCGAGCCGAUAUGUCUUGUUUGUUUUCCUUCGCUUCUUCUGCAUAGUCAUUGGACCCCUAUGGACCCCUAUGGACCCUCCCACCGGGUGCCCAGGGGUGAACCGUUGGCUACGAUUCACGGACUGUCUCGGGGUUCCUUUCUGUUAAUUUUUUUCACCGCUCCAGUUGGCUGGUGGCGCCCCGGAGAAGCUCGAGGGCUUAACACAAAUGCCACCCAUGGUAGUAAUUGCCUCAUCAGUGGUUCUGUUAGAAAAAGCUUUCGUUGGACCACUUUUUUGCCUUGCUAUAUCGCCUUCUUCUGCCCCAUCACUCCUCUUUCUUUCUAGAUAACACAAGGUGUGACGUGCCAUCGUCCAACACGAGUUCCAUAAUACGGGUUCCAGUCUUCUAAACAAGAAACAUAUUUGGCAGCAGCUUCGCCCUGUACCCCACCACCCGCCAUCACUGCCGUCACAGCGGCCACCCCACCAAACCAACGCCGCAACUUUGCUUCCCUCUGCCAGGCUCAAACUCCCGUGCGCUUUGGAUAUCGACGCCAGCAGCUUGGGACAAGCCCCCCGUCCAGAACAAUGUCGUCCACUUCGACCCGCAGGCUAAAUUAUGACAACAUCAACCCCCACAUCAAGGACGCCAAAUACGCCGUGAGGGGCGAGCUCGCCGUCAAGAGCGAGGAGUACCGCGCCAAAAUCGCCAAGGGCGAGAACGGCCUGCCCUUCAAGGAGGUCAUCUCGGCCAACAUCGGCAACCCCCAGCAGCUGGACCAGAAGCCCAUCACCUUCUUCCGCCAGGUCCUGAGCCUGCUGGAGAACCCGGCCCUGCUCGACCACGAGGACGUGCUCAUCAACAGCCUGGGCUACAAGUCCGAUGUCGUCGCCCGUGCCAAAUGGCUGCUGAGCAAGGUUGGCUCCGUCGGCGCCUACAGCGCCAGCAACGGCGUCCCGGCCAUCCGCCAGAGCAUUGCCGACUUCCUUGAGAGGCGUGAUGGCUUCCCGGCCAACGAGGCAGACAUCUACCUCUCGGCUGGCGCUUCUUCGGGCGUGAACACACUCCUGCACAUCCUCACCGAGAACGAGAACACUGGCAUCCUCGUGCCCAUCCCGCAGUACCCCCUCUACACGGCCUCGCUGUCGGUUCUCAACGCCAAGUGCGUGCCCUACUACCUGGACGAGUCCAAGGAGUGGGGCACCACCAUCAGCACCGUCAAGGCGGCCCACGACGAGGCCAAGGCCAAGGGCGUCGACGUGCGCGCCAUCGUCAUCAUCAACCCCGGCAACCCCACGGGCGCCUCGCUGUCCGAGGAGGACGUGCGCGGCGUGAUCCAGUUCGCCGCCGCCGAGAGGCUGGUCAUCAUGGCGGACGAGGUCUACCAGACCAACGUCUUCGUGGGCAAGUUCCACUCGUUCAAGCGGGUUCUGCGGCAGCUGCAGAAGGAGGAGCCCGGCAAGUACAACUCGGUCGAGCUGGUGUCGCUGCACUCGGUGUCCAAGGGCAUGGUGGGCGAGUGCGGCCACCGCGGCGGCUACUUUGAGCUCGUCGGCUUCGAUGCCAAGGUGCAGGCCGAGAUCUACAAGUUCGUCUCCAUCACCCUGUGCGCCCCCGUCAUCGGCCAGUGCCUGGUCGAGCUCAUGGUCAACCCGCCCAAGGAGGGGGAGCCAAGCCACGAGCUCUACAAGGCCGAGUACGACGGCAUCUUCGAAGGGCUCAGACAGCGCGCAAACGCGCUGCACAAGGCCUUUGCCCGCAUGGAGGGCGUCGAGUGCGGCACCCCGCAGGGCAGCAUGUACCUCUUCCCCACCAUUCACGUCCCCCCAAAGGCGGCCGAGGCGGCCAAGAAGGAGGGCCGCACCCCGGACGAGUUCUACUGCAUGCGCCUGCUCGAGGCCACGGGCGUCUGCGUCGUCCCCGGCUCCGGCUUCGGCCAGAAGCCCGACACCCUGCACCUGCGCACCACCUUCCUCGCCCCCGGCACCGAGUGGGUCGACGGCAUCGUCAAGUUCCACAACGAGUUUAUGGAUAAGUACAGAUGAUGGUUGGGCGGCUGAGCCGGUCUUUUGUGCCUGCCUUUUGUUUCAUUGCUUGAUUUUGGGGCUGAGAGUAGGUCAGUAGACGGAUGAUGGGGUGUUUUUGGUCGGGACACUGGGCGUUUUUCAUAUAGGUACACAUAAAAUACAAUCUUGGGUUAUCAUGAGAAACAA